AUGAGAGGCAAGAUUUUCACAGUGCAGAAGGUGUCUCAACCCUGCGAAUGUCUCGCUGCCCUGCAGCUCUGCUCCGUCAGCCAGAAGAUGCAACUGACAUCAGGACGAAGAAGCCUCUGCUUUGGGUCACUCGUUAAGCAAGAGGAACGAAGACGUGGGGAGGGCACAGCCAACACAAACGGCAUGGGCAUGGCGGGUUCAGACGUCCCAAUUCCCUACCGCUAUUCGAAUCUCACUCGCAUUCUUGCGAGGAGCCUUCACAGCGAUGCAAGCAUUGUGCUGUUGGUGACAAUCAACCCCGCAAGCACCGCUACUCAACUGUCGCUACAUGCAAUCGACUUUGCCCAGAGAGCUUCUUGUCUCCGAGAGAGGCCAAUCAAGAUAGGCGCCACCACUACGAAGCAGUUUCUAUUGAAGCAGCAUGAACUUUUAAAGGAGUGA